AUGUGCCCACAAUCGCGCCACAACGCGAAGGUGCAAGCCCUAGCCCGGCGGAAUGGAGUCAACGCAGUCAUCUACCAGCCGUCACAGGCGUCGGGUAGACCGGAUCAGAUCCUGAGAUCUGCAGUAGAAAUUCAGGCCAGCGACGAACAUGCUGGCUGCGUACAGCUAUCGUUCCACCCGACACACCAUGCAGGGCAGCACUACAACUCAGUGAGGUGCUGCACUGAUGAGGGAUCAGGGCCAGCUGAACUAGUCAGCUUUGGAGAGAUCAAGAGAAGAAUAGAAGACAAGUUGAGGCCUAAGGAUGGCUAUGCAGAGGAGAGUGAGGAACAACCAGACCGCUGACACCGCUGACGCGAGUUUAGAGAACCCCAGAAUCUAGGAUGAAUCUCGGUCAGUCCCAAAUGCGCGCGCAAGUUGAAU